AGCUAUAGGCCCAUACGUUCCCUCUCUGUGACGGCAAAGCGGUUGCUAUAAAUACAGAUCUCCCCCUUUUCAACCUAAUCCCCAAAUCAUCCUUCUUCUCUAGCGCAACUUCUCUCGGAAAAAAGCAUCUCCUCCUCCUCUCGUUCUCUCGAUAAUCUCCUUGCGCACUGUUUCUUCUUCUCAAGAUGCAGAUCUUUGUUAAGACACUCACCGGAAAGACCAUCACUCUUGAGGUCGAGAGUUCUGACACCAUUGAUAAUGUCAAAGCUAAGAUUCAAGACAAGGAAGGCAUUCCUCCAGAUCAACAGAGGCUGAUCUUUGCUGGGAAACAGCUUGAAGAUGGCCGAACACUUGCUGAUUACAAUAUCCAAAAAGAGUCUACCCUCCAUCUUGUCCUCCGUCUACGUGGUGGAAUGCAAAUCUUUGUUAAAACUCUGACCGGAAAGACUAUAACUCUUGAGGUCGAGAGCUCAGACACCAUUGAUAAUGUCAAAGCUAAAAUUCAAGACAAGGAAGGUAUUCCCCCAGACCAGCAGAGGCUGAUCUUUGCUGGGAAACAGCUUGAAGAUGGCCGAACACUUGCUGAUUACAACAUCCAAAAGGAGUCCACUCUUCACCUUGUCCUUCGCCUUCGUGGUGGUAUGCAGAUCUUUGUCAAGACACUUACUGGAAAGACCAUCACCCUUGAAGUUGAAAGUUCAGAUACAAUUGACAACGUGAAGGCCAAAAUUCAGGAUAAGGAAGGGAUUCCUCCAGACCAGCAGAGACUGAUCUUUGCCGGCAAGCAACUUGAGGAUGGAAGGACCCUGGCUGACUACAAUAUUCAGAAAGAGUCUACCUUACAUCUUGUUCUUCGUCUGAGGGGUGGCAUGCAAAUAUUUGUUAAGACAUUGACAGGGAAGACAAUUACUUUGGAGGUUGAGAGUUCAGAUACUAUCGACAAUGUUAAAGCAAAGAUCCAAGACAAGGAGGGUAUUCCUCCAGACCAGCAGAGAUUGAUCUUUGCUGGAAAGCAACUUGAGGAUGGAAGGACCUUGGCGGAUUACAACAUUCAGAAAGAAUCAACCCUGCACCUUGUUCUUCGCCUUAGAGGUGGCAUGCAAAUUUUUGUCAAGACUUUGACGGGGAAGACAAUUACUUUGGAGGUUGAGAGUUCAGAUACCAUUGACAACGUCAAAGCAAAGAUUCAAGACAAGGAGGGUAUUCCCCCAGACCAGCAGAGAUUGAUCUUUGCUGGAAAGCAACUUGAGGAUGGAAGGACCUUGGCAGAUUACAACAUUCAGAAAGAAUCAACCCUGCACCUUGUUCUUCGCCUUAGAGGUGGCAUGCAAAUUUUUGUCAAGACUUUGACUGGGAAGACAAUUACAUUGGAGGUUGAGAGUUCAGAUACCAUUGACAACGUCAAAGCAAAGAUUCAAGACAAGGAGGGUAUUCCCCCAGACCAGCAGCGUUUGAUCUUUGCUGGUAAACAACUUGAGGACGGGAGGACUCUAGCAGACUAUAACAUCCAGAAGGAGUCAACUCUCCAUUUGGUGUUGCGUUUGAGAGGAGGGAUGCAGAUCUUUGUGAAGACUCUGACUGGGAAGACAAUCACAUUGGAGGUGGAGAGCUCUGACACUAUUGACAAUGUGAAAGCAAAGAUACAGGACAAGGAAGGGAUUCCACCAGAUCAACAGAGGCUCAUCUUUGCUGGCAAACAGCUGGAGGAUGGCCGCACCCUUGCAGACUACAAUAUCCAGAAAGAGUCUACUCUUCAUCUUGUCCUCAGGCUCCGUGGUGGAAACUUCUGAACUUCAUGCGUUCUAAUGCUGAUUUCUUGAUGGCUGUAUCAAUGUUUGCUUUGUUUUAUUUCAAGACUUCUAGUGUUUUUGUUAUAGUUUUAUCUCUGUUAGAGACCUCGCAAUGUGUUA